GAGAGGAGAGGAUGUCUUUUUCGGGAAACGAAAGUUAAAAUCCAUAAAAACCAAAAGCAACCGACGUGGAAGCAGUUCUCUCUUUCAGGAGAAAAGUAAAACGCAUUUUUGGAACAAAUUGUCAGACAGACAGGAAACACAACAAGGAAUGGCCUCUGCUAACACUUCCUGGUCUGAGGAGGACUUCUCAUGUUCCAUCUGUCUGGAUGUGUUCAGCAGCCCCGUUACCACACCAUGUGGACACAACUUCUGCAUAACCUGUAUUACAAAGUUCUGGGAUGAACAAGUCAAGUACAAAUGUCCUGUUUGCAACAAGAUUUUCGACACAAAACCUGAUCCACCGGUCAAUACCCUCUUAUCAGAGCUGGCUGCUCAGUUUAGAACAACCGUGCGAGUUAAAGAGCAGCCUUGUGUUGAACCAGCAGAAGUUCCCUGUGACGUCUGUACUGGGACCCAGCUGAAGGCUGUGAAGUCCUGCCUAGAGUGUUUUAUGUCUUUCUGCCAAACCCACCUGGUGCCACAUCAGAGAGUCGCAGUCCUGAAGGGACAUCGGCUGGUCGAGCCUAUGGACCGUCUGGAAGACAGGAUGUGUAAGAAACACAACCGACUUCUGGAGCUCUUCUGCCCGACUGAACAGGUGUGUGUGUGUCAGUUCUGCACAGAGUCAGACCACAAGUCCCAUCCUGUUGUACCUCUGAAGGAGGAAUAUGAAGUGAAGACGGCCCAGCUGGGGAAGAUAGAGGCUGAAGUUCCACAGAUGAUCCAGGAGAGAAAACAAAAGAUUAAGGAGAUCAAAGACAGAGUAGAACUGAGCAACAAAGUUGCAGACAGAGAGAUAGCCAUUGGUGGGCAGGUCUUCACUGCUCUGAUAGGCUGUGUAGAAAAGUGCCGGGAUGAAUUCAACCAAACGGUUCAAGAGGAACUGAAAUCCACAGAGAAACAAGCUGAAGACCUCAUCAAAGAGCUAGAGCAGGAAAUAGAAGAUCUGACCAAUAGAUGCUCAGAGGUGAAGCAGCUCUCACACACUAAAGACCACCUCCACUUCCUCCAGACCUUCAGAUCCCUGAAGGAUCCUCCACCCACCAGGGACUGGACCACGGUGGAGGUCCGUCCUCCGUCAUACGUAGGGACCUUGAGGAGAUCCCUGGAUCAGCUGGAGGAGACACUGAACAUGGAGAUGAAGAAGCUGAGUGAUGAUGCUGUACUGAAGAGGGUCCAGCAGUAUGAAGUAGAUGUGACUCUGGAUCCUGAUACAGCUAAUGGCUGGCUCAUCCUGUCUGAGGAUGGGAAACAAGUACAUGAUGGAGGUGUGAGGAAGGAACUCCGAGACAACCCUAACAGAUUUACAAAGAAUAUAUUUGUUCUCACGAGGCAGAGCUUCUCAGGGAGAUUUUACUUUGAGGUCCAGGUUAAAGACAAGACUUAUUGGUUGUUAGGAGUGGCCAGAGAGUCCAUCGACAGAAAAGGUUGGACCACGUUGACCCCUAAGACGGGUUACUGGACUCUUUUCUACUACAGGGAUAGGUUUGCAUUUAAAGAUAACCCUCCUGUCCGUCUCCCUCUGAGAGCUGGGCUCCAGAAGGUGGGGGUGUUUGUUGAUUAUGAUGAGGGUGUGGUCUCCUUCUAUGAUGUGGAAGCCAGGGUUCAUAUCUACUCUGCUACUGGCUGCACCUUCAGUGAGCCUCUCUAUCCACUCCUCUACCCAGGUUCCCGUGAUUAUAAAGGUAACAACUCUGCCCCCCUGAUCAUCUCACCUGUCAAUCAAACAGACUAGGACCUUUGUUUGAUAAUAAAACAAAUAAACAACCAAAACAACUGUUGUUUACUGAAUUUGAAUCUCUACU